AUGUGUAAAAUGGAAACUGCUGCUACGACGACGGCGGCGGACGUUCACCACGACCGCCAUGUGUUAAAACAACCGACCAAGGUACUGUUGACGCUUAGCAACGUACUGUUGCCCAAGGAAAAGCUCACGUCCACACCGUCGAUGAUCGAUGGGUUAGAUUUCGAGACUGAAGUCGACUUAAGGAUCGUUGGCUGUGAGUGGAUUCAGACCGCUGGCAUACUGCUUAAACUGCCUCAGGUUGCAAUGGCAACUGGACAGGUGUUGUUUCAACGAUUUUACUACACAAAAUCUUUUGUUCGCCACCCAAUGGAAAUAACUGCAAUGGCAUGCACAUGUUUGGCCUCGAAAGUCGAAGAAUCACCAAGGCGUAUUCGUGAUGUUAUUAAUGUUUAUCAUCAUAUCCGUCAAGUUUUAAAUCAAAAAUUGAUUACGCCGUUGGUCCUUGAUCAAAACUAUGUACAGAAAAAGACGCAGGCACUUGGAUUUGAAAAACACCAGUCAAUAAUGCAGAUGUCCUGGAACUACAUGAAUGAUUCAUUACAAACUGAUGUAUUUGUCCAAUUUGAUCCAGAAACUAUUGCUUGUGCCUGUAUAUAUUUGUCGGCCAGGAAAUUACAAAUACCAUUACCAAAAAGUCCAGCAUGGUACUCUUUAUUCAAUUCAAAUGAAACGGACAUCCAGGACAUCUGUCGUAAAAUACUCAAACUUUAUAUGAGACCUAAAGUUAUCACAGAAGACUUAGAAAGGAGAGUAGAAGAGUUGAAGAAAGAAUAUGAUCAUGCUAAGGAAAAAGCUAGAGCAGCUAUUGUGCAUCCAGUAGUACAAACAGAAGUUGUUCCACCUCCUCCUACUAAUGGAAUGACUGUUGCUGCCUCUGAAAAUAUUAGUUCAACUACCCCAAAUAAAAAACCAAUUAAAAAAAGAAGUAGAAGUAGAACACCACCUUCAGAAACUAAGUCUGGAAGUAGAAGUCCAAGACAUUUAAAGAAAUCCAAAAAAAGAAAUCAUGAGCGAUCUCGUUCCAAAUCAAUAUCUGAUAGAAGAACUCAUAAACAACACCGAAAAUCAAAUAAAAACCGUAAACGAUAUUCAAGUUCGUCCUCUGGUUCAUCUAGUUCUUCAGGAUAUCGUCGUCAUAAAUCUUCAACCAAUAAUAAAUUAGUACCUACUUACAGAGACUACAAAGAUUAUAGAGAUUAUAGAGGCGAUGAAAAUUAUAAAUCCAAGUCCAGGAGUUACAACUAUUGGAAAAAAUAUUAUAGCUAUGAGUAG